AAGAUGGUCUUGUUUAGCCUGGACCUGGGGCUGGAGUUUGGACGUGGAAGCUGCUGGUCCCAAACCAUUACUUGGCCCAAGGUCAUGUCGCAGCAGCAAGUGCCCCAGCUGCUGGCACUGUGAUGCCGGGUGCGUCUCACUGCUGUUGGAGCCGUGCACUUUGGCAGCGCUAUGGGGAAACUGCAGAGCAAAACCAACCUCCACACCUCCAAAUACAGGGCUGAUGGCUCUGAGGAGAAGACAGGACCUGUUAGAGCUGUUCAGCAGUACAGCCCUGUGCAUGCCGAUGCAGUCACUUCCAUAGCUGCUCUCAAACCAGAUCUCUGCGUGUCUGGAGGAAAGGUUAAGAGCGUGGUUGUGUGUAACUGGAGAUCCGGAGCUGUACUGAGGCGGUUCAUCGGACACGAACGUGAGAUCACCAAGGUCACCUGUGCUCUUGACUCAAACAGAGUCUUCAGUGCAUCCCGUGACAAGACUGUGAUGAUGUGGGAGCUUUUGGGGACUUCAGGACCCAGGCAGCGCUUCCCGGGACAUGACCUGGUCAUUACUGGACUAGCCGUGAGCCCAGAUGCCUCCCACCUGUGCACGGGUUCACGCGACAACACCAUUUGCAAGUGGGAUGUAGAGACCGGGGAGCGCCUGUGCAGAGCUGGUAUCUCCAGGAAUCUGGUAACACAUCUGUGCUGGGUUUCUAGGGAGCCUUAUAUCGUCCAGGCGUCAGAGGAUAAAAUGAUCAGGAUCUGGGAUAGCCGGGAGCUGCAGGUGGCACACACGUUCCCAGGCAAGCGGCACAUUCAGACGUGCUGCGAUGUGAGCCAGGACGGGCGCUACUGUGUCAGUGGCAGCGGCGGCUUCGCUGGGGAGGGCUGCGAAGCAACCCUUUGGGACUUGCGGCAGACGAGGAGGCAAGUGUGUGAGUACAGGGGGCAUCUCCAAACCACAGCCUCAUGUGUCUUCCUUCCCUGGGGCCUGACUCCGGCCCCCAUCGUUGCCACAUCUUCAUACGACUGCAAAGUGAAGCUCUGGGACCAAGACAGCGGAGCCUGCCUGGCCACCCUGUGCCUCGAGGGAGCAGGCCCGCUGGCCGCGCUGACCGCCUGCGACGCCUCCACCCUGCUCUGCGGCAGUUUUAACAGGGGAAUUCGCGUGCUCCGGCUGAGCAACCGCACGGACCUGGAGCUGGAGGAGGUGGCAGCGUUUUGA